AAGCUCCCAGUGUUAGGGCAAGCCCCAUACUAAGGAGGAGGAGGUGGGGGAUUAUUGGCACCAGCAUUAUUGGGUCCCUUUCAUUAGCAGAAGUGGGAGAAGUGGGGGUUUUGUUGCAUUGUAGCGAGACCGUCAGCUCUGAAUGAGGACGAGGGAUUGUGGCACUUUUGUUGGGGGUCUACUUACUGGCUAUGCCUGGGGCUCCUGCUGGUGCUGGUGCUGGUGUUGCUUGUUCCGUGGUGGCCGAACUCUCCACUGAUGCCAUGCCCACAUUAGAUCCGACCCCACAGUGGAGUCGUCGUCUCACAUUUUGCUGUCUACUUGGCAAAACGCGAAAGGGAUUUGGGUGAGUACUGAGUGUUGAUUCACAACUGAAGUUGCACAUGGAAUGGAAGGCUCAAGGUGGUGAUGGUGACGCAGUUUGUGUUUUUCGUUUUCCAGUGAAGUGGGUAGUCGUGGUUGUUGAGGCGUAAACAAUUGUCAAGUUAAUGGCGUAGUACUGGGCUCCCAGUUUAAGAAUGGCUGAUUGUACUGUGAGUCACGACUCUUUCUUGAUCCUACCUCCCGCCAGAUCCACGAAGACCUUCUAGACUUUGCAAGAAUUUAGUCUACAGGCACAUUGAGCUCAUUAUCAAGAACCUCAUUUACAUUUCCAACAUGCCGCCCCCAAUCUUACGAAGAAGUAAUUCCAAGCAGAUUAGGGAGCACCGCCGCAUCUACAGCAACUAUUCUUUAGGUUUUCAGCUUCUCGGUCUCUGUAUGAUAUGCAUCAGCGUGUUGCUAACAAUUUACGAACUAUCUAGCGAUGGGAAUGUAGGUGUAGGAAAUGGGGCUCUUCAGAUGGAUGACCUCGCAAGAGCAAAGGGGCAAUGGUCUAGUUUGCGUUCAAAUGUUCUUCAAGAGCAGGACUUGGAGAAGAGAAACCAAGAGGAGAAAGUUCAAAGUAUUCAAAUGACAGAAACGUUUGAGUCCGAAAUGGGAGCCAACGCAGCUCCCCAUCUGCUUUCUAAGAAAUCUCAGGGUGUGAACAAGAAUGUGUUCUCUAGCUCUUCGACAUCUCCUACCAUCGGUCAAAAGCUACUAGGAUUUUUGGGGCCAUGGAUCUCUUCUUCUGAGAUUGAGCCUCUGGAUAUGCCAGGUAAAUCAGCCACCGAAGAAGAGGUUAUUGGCUGUGAGAAGGAUGAUUCCUCUUUUAUCUCACGCUCCGAAGUUCCCAGAGUAUUCUCAAAGUGCUGGGAACCUCCAAAGCAAUGUGGUACAGUUGAGGAGAUGGGAUCUGUAGCUGUUGGCGACACAAGGGCUGCAAGCCUUCGAUUACGUGACAUGAUCAAAACGUGGAUGCUUGAUCAUGGAGCGGAAACGAUUCGCAACCUCCCUGGAUUGGAAUUCUGUGAGCGCAAGUUUGUAAUGGGACUUGCUUCUGAAGAUGGUUUUGGUAAUAAUAUGUACAAAGUUCUGAGUGGCGCAGGCCUUGCCCUCAUGCUCAAUCGUUCGCUCAUAAUAGGUGAGCGUGGAGCGAAUACUCCAUCCUACAUUGGUGAUCCCCGGAACAUUGUCCUUCCCUUUGGAGACUAUAUAGUAUACUCCAACCAAUUUUUUAGUAUGCAAGAAGUGAAACACCUGUGGGCUGUACACGAUUGCGCUGGAAAGCACAACCGCCGCAUGACAAUGCGUGUCGAUGACAUUGAGCAUGGACCCGGACGAUCGAACUCGCUAUGCGAUGACUGGACAACCAUACCAGACACUGUGCUAUGGUUCAAGGGCACAGUAGACACAGUUGGUUUGCAGUUCUUACUGAAAAACAGAAAUGCAGCCGUGAGGUCUGCGGCUGCCAUGGUCCUUGGUCAUCCCGCGUAUCCGAGCUCACGGCCAAAUACUUUCGGAGAGCUUCUUCGAGCCUUUAUAACUCCUACUCGCGAUAUCCAAGCAGCUGUGGAGUGGGCAUUGAAGGGAGGGGCCGAGCCAGACUUCGCCGUCCACCUGCGCUUGCGCCAUAACCGGAGUCUAGAUGCACCAAUGGCUGCUUCACGUUGCCUUGCCCAUAUCGCACAGGCAAUGCAACAAACUUCUAGGGGCAAGCAACGCGUGGUGAUCAUUUCAGAUACUCCAGAAGUGUUUAGCGAUAUCAAUGAACAAUUACAGGACAAUACAGAACUGAUUCGUUUCGAUUACAAGGAAUACUUAAACAAGUUUAAAAACUUGAGCGAGGUGAUGAGCUUACAUUACGGCCAGCCUCCCCGAAGCAAAAUGCGGGACUGGGGAGAGAUGCCCCGCUGGGUGUCCCUGGUAGACUUUUUCUUAGCUGCUCGUGCAAGAGUGGCCGUCAUCUCCGGCGCCAGCGAGAGGAUUUGCACGACAUACGCGCAGCUUGUGGGUGCUCUGGCUGCAGCUACAACUCUUUCAGACAGUGAGGACAGCCCACCCCCUUGCUUACUUUACAGCAGUUUUCAACGAGAUUUGCUGGCUCAAGGCUUGAUGAAGCAGUCCGGUUGGGGUCACGCGUGGAGGACGUUCGGUGGAAAGCUGGCUUGCAAGAAUCAAGCUUCGCAGUGCGCCAGAACUCCUCUCCUCCCGUUUGCCUGGUGGGACGCUCCAUGGCAAUCUCCCACCACCCGCGAUACUCUCAAAAUGCGCAACAUGGGCAUCCAGGUGGAUGACGUGGGGAAUAUAGCAGAGACAAGUCUAGAUAACUUUUGUGAUCACCGGAGACUGAAGCCAACUGUGUAUAAUUCGAAGCUCCCUGCUUACUAAUUCCUGCUUCCUCUUCCCAACAAAAUGGAACCUCGACAGUUUCCUCUGAUUCUGCCCUUUCACGGCUGAGGUUUGGAGAUUUUUGCGCAGCGCUAAGAGUCACAUUUGAGCAGAUCAAUCGUUGAGAAGAUUCUCUCUCCUGAUUCUCGCGUGACCAUUGUAACCAGAGUGUACAGUUCUCUGCCCCCACCUGCUGUUCAGUCUGAAGAGAUCGCUGGAGUUUUAGCCAAGUCUUUGGGUUCCUCCAUUUGCCCACAUGCAGGGCCUUCAACAUAGUGUUAAUUGGAAAUGAAACGUGCUUUUGAAGGAGUUGAUAUGUCAUUUCCAAUGUGACAUAAGCAAGCAUUCCAAGAACAAACUGAAUAUAAAAACAAACGUUUCAGUAAUAAUCAUAAUAUAAGAAGAAAUUUUGUACAUGUUAUCUGGGUUUUGAAGCAUUCAGGAAGAGGGACCAAUUUCUUUUCAUCGUUAUUCUGCCCAACUAUCACCUUUAUUCAUUUGUUAUAUAAUAAUCCUGUAAUUGCCCAUUAA